CGGGCUUCAGAUGAGCGCUAGCUCCAGUGAUCUAUGAAGAUGGGCGAAUUUCGGAUCAUAUUCGGAAUCGAAACUCUUUAAAGGUACUUUUUCUUGGGAAAGAAUCCUUCCAUCUUAUCGAUCAAUGCCAGAAGUCUCCGAAGAAAUGCUUUGAAAUCUCUCGAGACACCGAGUUCCUGGCUGGAUGUUCUGUACCUUCUUAUCCUCAUCCUAUAAUUUCCUCGAUCCGCCAUGGAAAUUGAGAGCACACGGCUGCAAUUUUUACACAAAUUCCCGCAUUCGCUCGCCAUUCAUAUCAUCAGUUUCUUCUGUAAUUCCCACUUUCGAAGUUCCCCAGUUGCCCCAUCGAUCAGAAAAUGGCCAUUGAAGUUGCUGUCAAGGCUGCCGUUGGUGCACCCAAUGUUAUUGGAGACUGUCCUUUCUCUCAGAGGGUUCUCUUAACUUUAGAGGAGAAGAAAGUUCCUUACAAACUGCAUCUCAUCAAUUUAUCCGAUAAACCCAUUUGGUUUCUGGAAGUGAGCCCAGAAGGGAAGGUGCCUGUGGUGAAGUUUGAUGACAAAUGGGUAUCUGAUUCUGAUGUCAUUGUGGGGAUUCUUGAGGAGAAGUACCCUGAGCCUUCUCUUGUUACUCCCCCUGAAUUUUCUUCUGUGGGAUCAAAGACAAAUGGUGCUUUCGUGAAAAUGUUGAAGAGCAAGGACCCGAAUGAUGGUUCGGAGCUGGCUUUGCUUGAAGAGUUGAAGGCGUUGGAUGAGCAUCUUAAGGCUCAUGGUCCUUAUGUUGCUGGAGAGAAGGUCACUGCUGUUGAUUUGAGUCUGGCACCAAAGUUGUACAAUCUCGAUAUUGCUCUUGGCCAUUUCAAGAAGUGGAUAUUCCCUGUAAACUUGAACAGUUUAUCCAAAUACAAAGAGCUGCUUUUCGCUCGAGAAUCUUUCAUGAAGACAAAGGCUGCCCCAGAACACGUAAUUUCUGGUUGGGAGCCCAAGGUGAAUGCUGCUGCAGAACCUGUAAUUUCUGAUAGUGAGCCCAAGGUGAAUGCUGCCGCAGAACCUGUAAUUUCAGAUAGUGAGCCCAAGGCGAAUGCUGUCGCAGAACAUGUAGUUUCUGAUAGUGAGCCCAAGGCCAUUGAGGUUGCUGUCAAGGCUGCUGUUGGUGCACUCGAUGUUAUUGGAGAUUGCCCUUUCGCUCAGAGGGUUCUUUUGACUUUGGAGGAGAAGAAAGUUCCUUACAAAUGGCAUCUCAUCGAUUUAUCCGACAAACCCAGUUGGUUCUUGGAAGUGAGCCCAGAAGGGAAGGUGCCGGUGGCCAAGAUUGACGACAAAUGGGUUCCCGACUCCGAUGUCAUUGUCGGGAUUCUUGAGGAGAAGUAUCCCGAGCCUUUUCUUGCGACUCCACCUGAAUUUUCUUCUGUGGGAUCAAAGAUAAGUGGUGCUUUUGUAAAAUUCUUGAAGAGUAAGGACCCGAACGAUGGUUCGGAGCAGGCUUUGCUUGAAGAAUUGAAGGCGUUGAACGAGCAUCUCAAGGCUCAUGGUCCUUAUGUUGCUGGAGAAAAGGUUACCGCCGUUGAUUUGAGUCUGGCACCGAAGCUUUACCAUCUUGAUGUCGCACUUGGCCAUUUCAAGAAGUGGAUUUUCCCUGAAAACUUAACCAGUUUAUCCAAAUACAAAGAGUUGCUUUUCGCUCGAGAAUCGUUUGUGAAGACGAAGGCUGCCCCAGAACAUGUAAUUUCUGGUUGGGAGGCCAAAGUGAAUGCUGCAUGAGCUCUGAUGUUUUCGACCUGAGUUUAUGAUCCUAAGCUUGGAACUGUCGUUGCUAUGUCCCAUACCUCAUCAUUAAGAGUGUCUAUGUCUAUGUUUAGGAAUAACUCUGUUUCUUCUUCUCAUUUGCAUAUUGAUUAUUCUUCCGUCGACUAGAAACUUACAGUUACAGCUGCACCAUUCUGGGAGAGCUUUGGUUAGUGAAAUUUUUACUUUAAGCCGUA